UAGUCUACGGAGUGCAGUGAACACUGGCGACAGCAUUCGACGGCAAACUCGGUGUCUAUUUCUUACAUAAGUACACAAGAUUUUUUUUGGCAAGAUGGAGUUAGUUUGUGUGGAGGACUUUGAGCAGCAGGCGGACCGCAAGCUAGAGAAGAGUGCCAAGGAUUAUUACAAAAGUGGUGCUGGAGAUCAGUUCACUCUAGGACUCAACCGCGAGGCGUUCAAGCGGCUGCGAUUGCGUCCACGUUGCCUGCGCGAUGUUUCCCAACUGGACAUUAGUACCACGAUCCUUGGCCACCAGCAGAAGUGGCCUCUGGGCAUUGCUCCCACUGCCAUGCAGAAGAUGGCCCAUCCUGAUGGUGAAAUUGGCAAUGCACGCGCCGCGGGCAAAGCUGGUUCCAUAUUCAUAUUGAGCACCCUGUCUACCACAUCCCUUGAGGAUUUGUCAGCAGGUGCUCCUGACACGACGAAGUGGUUCCAGCUUUACAUCUACAAGGAUCGUUCGCUUACCGAAAAGGUUGUGCGUCGUGCUGAAAAGGCCAAUUUUAAGGCUCUGGUACUGACCAUAGAUGCUCCCAUCUUUGGCCAUCGUCGUAACGAUGUUCGCAACAAAUUCAGCUUGCCGUCACACUUGUGUUUGGCCAAUUUCCAGGGCGAACAGGCCAAUGGUGUCAUCACCGAGGGUGGCUCUGGAAUUAACGAAUAUGUUGCCAGCCAAUUUGAUGCCAGCAUCACAUGGAAAGAUAUUGCCUGGCUAAAGCAACUCACGCAUCUGCCCAUCGUGGUCAAGGGAGUGCUUACCGCCGAGGAUGCUGUGCUGGCCCGUGAAUUUGGCUGCGCCGGCAUCAUCGUGUCCAAUCAUGGCGCCCGACAAAUCGACACAGUUCCCGCUUCGAUUGAGGCACUUCCCGAGAUAGUUAGAGCCGUUGGUGAGGAUUUGGUUGUCAUGCUGGACGGUGGCAUUAUGCAAGGCAAUGAUAUAUUCAAAGCACUUGCUCUGGGUGCUAAAACCGUAUUUAUUGGUCGUCCUGCGGUUUAUGGUUUGGCCUACAAUGGACAAAAGGGAGUCGAGCAAUUGCUGGGAGUUCUACGAAAAGAUUUUGAAAUUACCAUGGCACUAACUGGAUGUCAAACAUUGGCUGAUAUUAAGCCAGCCAUGGUUACACAUGAGUCGACCUAUUCCAAACUGUAAUCGUUAAAAUAAAUUCAUUCUAACAAUGAGA